UUCGCCAUUGAGCAAUAGGUCUAGCUGCUGACCACACAACAAAUUAAUUCCGUUUACCGACAUUUGCACUUUACUUUUACUAAUAUUAUUAGAGAUUAACUGAAAUUGUAAUAUUUUAGGAGUCACUUUGUGCACGUUUGUAUAUUACGUGUGUGAACUACAGACAUGAAUUCUGACUGAACCGGCGAUUUUAGAAUCUUUAGAAUCAUUCUUCUGAAUCGAUUCAUUUGAAGUGGCAAGCAGGUCACUUUUAGUACAAAUACAACCUUUGGCCAUGUAUUGGUAUAAUACAAAUAACCACCGUCUGAAACAACCAAUGUAACUGAAUCAAUGUGAUUAAGAGUGAAAAACUGAAAACAACACGAGUUAAACGUGAGUGUUCUUGCUCACCAAACUGGUUUCAAAUAGUCAGAAUUUGAUAGCUUCUUAGAGAUUUUUGGUAAUAACUAACCAGAUAAGUCUAAUUUAUGUAGUUAUAUUUCCGAAGGAACGCGUAAAAUGCUGCACGGCAACUUUUAUUUUGCUUAAUAAAUCAAGCGAAUUGGUGAAUCAUUUUCACUCAAACGAAUCGAUUCGCUACAAUGAACUAAUGAACACAAGCCAACCAAGAAUCGCCUACAUUUCUCGCCUCCUAGAACUAGUUCCCAACUUCCAACGCGUUAUGUGUGGUGCUUAAUCAAAUGGGUUCUGAGGACAAAUUAAUCAAUUGGAUCUGCCGGUUUACGGCAAUCACGGCUUUCUUCUUGAUUGGCUUUAUUAUUGGUUGGUUUGCUCGACCUAGUACUGUCAAUCAUGGACAUGUAUCAAAAAGCUUCCUGCACGACUUUCUAGAUGAGAUGCAGGCAGAGAAUAUUAAACACCAUCUCAGGAAGUUCACAAGGUUGCCACACCUGGCCGGAACUCAGCAGAAUCUGGAUCUGGCGGUACAAAUCCGGGCUGAAUGGAUGGGGUUUGGGCUGGACUCAGUGGAGCUGGUGCCGUACGACGUGUUGCUGUCAUACCCAAAUCAAACAAAUCCCAAUUACAUCUCCAUAGUGGACCACCUGGGAAAUGAGAUCUUUAAGACCUCUCUGGCUGAGCCGGUCCCUGAAGGUUAUGAAGAUGUUACCGAUAUCGUUCCUCCUUAUAGUGCUUUCUCUGCUAAAGGACAGCCAGAGGAUGAGCUGGUUUAUGUUAAUUACGGACGGACGGAGGAUUUCUUUAAGCUGCAGAGAGAGUUGGGAAUAAACGGUUCAGGAAAAAUCGUCAUCGCUAGAUAUGGCAAAAUCUUCCGUGGGAACAAGGUGAAGAACGCGAUGUUAGCAGGAGCUAAAGGGAUCGUGCUGUUCUCGGACCCUGCGGAUUACUGUGCAGACGGCGUGGAGCCGUAUCCCGACGGCUGGAACCUGCCAGGAGGAGGCGCUCAGAGAGGAAACGUGCUGAAUCUGAACGGGGCAGGAGACCCGCUCACACCUGGAUACCCUGCCAAAGAAUACACCUACAGAUCUGGUCUGGAUGAUGCAGUGGGGCUUCCCAAGAUUCCAGUGCAUCCUAUUGGAUAUCAUGAUGCAGUUCACUUGCUGCAGCAUAUGGGAGGGCCUCUUCCGCCGGAUAACUGGAAAGGUGCCCUUAAUGUCUCGUACCGAAUCGGACCGGGAUUCAUAGAUGGUUUUAAUCAGAAUAAAGUGCGUAUGAACAUCCACACAAACAAUCAGGUGACCCGAAUCUACAACGUGAUUGGCUGGAUCAGAGGAGCGGUGGAGCCAGACAGGUACGUGAUUCUGGGCGGUCAUCGUGACGCUUGGGUGUUCGGAGGGAUCGAUCCGGUGUCAGGAGCUGCUGUGGUGCACGAGAGUGUGAGAGCAGCUGGAAAACUCAUGAAAAAAGGUUGGAGGCCGAGGAGAUCGCUGAUCUUUGCCAGUUGGGACGCAGAAGAGUUUGGCCUGCUGGGAUCCACAGAAUGGGCAGAGGAUCACGCCAGAGUCCUGCAGCAGAGAGCCGUGGCUUACAUCAAUGCAGACUCUGCUAUUGAGGGUAUGUACACACUGAGAGUCGACUGCACUCCCUCUCUACACACUCUGGUUUAUGACAUCACCAAGAAGGUUUCGAGUCCAGAGGAGGGAGAGGAGGGCAUGAGUUUGUAUAAGAGCUGGCAUAAACGAGACAACUCCACAGAAAGAGAUGCACCGUGGAUCAGUAAACUGGGCUCUGGCAGUGAUUUUGAAGCGUAUUUCAUUAGAUUAGGCAUUGCAUCUGGAAGGGCGAGAUACACCAAAAACCGAAAAACCGAGCGCUACAGCAGUUACCCCGUGUACCACAGCGUGUAUGAGACUUACGAGAUCGUGGAGCGCUUCUACGACCCGAGUUUCCGCCGGCUGGAGGCCGUGGCCCGUGUUCGGGGAGGACUUAUCUUCAGUUUGGCCGAUUCUCCGGUCUUACCUCUGGACUGUGUGGAAUACGCCAUGUCUCUCACCAAAUAUGCCAACAGCAUCUACCAGCGUGCACUGAAACACCCUGCUGCCAUGCAGAAGUACAGCGUCUCGUUCGAUUCUCUCUUCUCGGCGGUUGAAAACUUCACGGUUGCGGCAGGAGAUUUUCACCAGCGACUUGAUCAGCUUGACACCUCGAAUGCUCUGGCCGUGCGGAUGGUAAAUGAUCAGCUGAUGUAUUUAGAGAGAGCUUUUAUUGACCCGCUGGGUUUGCCUGAGAGACCAUUUUACAGGCAUAUUAUUUUUGCGCCCAGCAGUCACAAUAAAUAUGCGGGUGAGUCUUUCCCAGGGAUUUAUGAUGCUUUGUUUGACAUUGAGAACACGGUGGACCAGCAGAAGGCCUGGGACGAGGUCAAACGUCAAAUCAGCAUCGCCUCCUUCACUGUCAACACAGCUGCCGAGACGCUAAAACCUGCCGUCAACUAGACAGCCUUCCUUUACUUCUGGAUUUCAAAACAUGCCAUGAAUACAGGGCUACAACAUGUCAGCAAAAUAGAGACUUAUUCAAGGAAUAGUUCACCAAAAAUGACAAUUUGCUGAACGUGUCCUCACCCUCAGGUCAUCCAAGAUUAGGAUGAGUUUGUUUCUUCAUCAGAUUUGUAGAAAUGUAGCAUUGCAUCAGUGUCUCAGCAAUGGAUGCUCUGCAGUGAAUGGGUGCCGUCAGAAUGAGAGUCCAAACAGCUGAUAAAAACAAGAGGAUAAUCCACAGCACUCCAGUCCAUCAGUUAAUGUCUUGAGUAGACAAACUCUGUGUGUUUGUAACAAACAAAUGUAUUAUAUGGCGUUUUAACUUCAAAACUGUUACUGACGGCACCCAUUCACUUCAGAGGAUCUAUUGGUGAGCAAGUGACGCAAUGCU